CUAGACUGAACUAAGCCAGCGUCCAUGUAUCUCGUUCCCUAAAUCCUCUGUUUGGCUCUCUAGAGAAUUGGGGAAAAAAGGGAAAAUUUUUGACUCGAUUCUUUCGGCUCUAUCUGUUGCAGGCAACCCAUUUUAUCGGCGUCCAAACGGACCGCAAAAUGGGGUGUUGCGGCGAUGAAGAAGAGGAAUUCCUCAAACACCUCAUGCCCAACUUCUCUGAAACCCUAACCUUAGGCUCCACCUCCCAAGCAUCCACUUCCGGCGACUCCGACGCCGUCAUUUCUCCUAUGAACUCGCACUUCUCGGCCCUCACCUGCCAGGACGUCCUCAGGGGCAUUUUCGAGAGGCUGCCGGUUGCCGAUCUGGCUCGGGCGAGUUGCGUGUGCCGAGUCUGGAACUUGGUGGCCUCGGACAGAGGGAUCCAGGUCCGAGCUUUUAAGGCUCCGUGGAAAUUGAAGGACGUGGUUGGAAUUCCGAGCUCCGGAAGCUUCUGGAGAGAUAAUAGUCUUGGAAAAUUUGCAAUCUCUCAUCGGUUGGUGCGUGGUGACUCUGCUAGCCUUGCUGUGAAAUACUCUGUUCAGGUUAUGGACAUAAAACGUUUAAACAACAUGAUGAGUGAUCAUGGCAUAUACUCGAGGGAGAGGUUACUGAUCCCUGUAAGCAAACCAGACAUUCUUAUCAAUGCCAUCUGCUACAUAGAGCUGGAUUCCUAUGCAAAAAGGGAAGUAGCUGUGCUGUAUCUGGAAGGUGGGCCUAACAAAAAGCUCAACUCUUUGUUGAAUAAGGUCUCCUCUGAGCAAGGCAGGAGAAGGGUAAUUGAGUCCUUGAAGAGAAGCAUGCAAAUAGAUGAUGGAACUGCCCAAUACUACUUGUCUAUAUCAAAUGGUGACCCUCGAGCUGCAAUCUCAGAAUUCUCUGAAGACCUUAGGUGGGAAAGGCAUGCGGGCCUGUCGUAGUUCAAAAAAAAUAAAUUGUGGAGCUAAGUUAGCUUCUACUGCAGAUUUGUCCGCAUUUUCAUGGGUUUGUGUGUGGUGGCUUUCCUUGCAAUGAUGUCCAUAUUAUUUAUUUUUCUCAAGGGAAUGUAGACUGUAAUUCUACCAUGACAGCUGUGACCCUAAUGAACGAAGCAAGGAAGUCCCUUGGUGCCAUUUGUCCUGUGUUCAUUCCUUUUACUUUAGCCGAUUUUGUAAAUAUGUGGCUUCUAAAAUGGUUGAUGAAUGUUGUAAAUCAAAUACAGAAGGGACCUGUAAUAAUGUUCCAUUUAGUGAACUUUAAACUAUAAGAAUGGAAUUUGUUCCAACUGCACUUGUGAUA